UUGUCACGUGCACCAUUAUCCCACUACAUAAAAGUUGUAAAAACAAUAAUCAUUGUGAUUCAGGAUAAAACCGAGGAAACAGUAUACAUCGAUACAAAUAUAUUAUCUUCCAUUAUUGUAUAUACAACGACCAUUGUAUAUUAAAACAACAAUGGAACGAAGAUAUUUUACAGUCUAUGUAUUGUUUGUUCUUUUGAUUACGUCUGUUCAAGGCAAAACUGACCAACAAAGUAAAAAGGGAUGGACCUGGGGUGAUGUUUGGUGUGUAACAAAGACAUAUGGAGGAGCAGUAGUAAUAGGGACAGGUGCAGUAGUUGCAGUACCAGUUGUACUUGGUGCAAUUGGCUUUACCCCGGCUGGUAUAGUAGCUGGAUCAUGGGCAGCUAAAGCGAUGUCAAUGUCGGCCACUGCCAAUGGUGGAGCCAUAGCUUCUGGUGGAGCUGUUGCCUCCCUCCAAUCUGCAGCAGCUUCUGGACUAAGUGCUGCUGCAAAGUCUACCAUUGGUACCACGGUUGGUGGGGCGUAUAGAUAUGUGGUAGGCAGCUGUUCAAAAAAUGACAUUGACUGUAAAAAGAAAUAGAAAUGACGUCCAAUGUUUAAAAAAUAUAUUUUUUUUUAAUGAAACAACUUUUUAAAAUGUAAAAAAUAAUAAUAAGUAAUUUUGUUAUGGUUCCGAGAAACUGUACGAAUAUAUAUCACUACACAUUUCA